AUUAUUUAAAAAAUGAGUAUCUUAUUAUCUGAUUAAGACAAAAUAUCUUGCAAAACACAUAAAUAUGAGACCUGUAUUGUAGCAGAUUUGAACACAAAAGGAAAAAAAGAUGUCAAUUUCUUAUGCAUCAAAUGUUUGUUGAAACAACACUCUAAUUAAAAAUUAACUUUAAUUGAGGACACGAAGAAACUUAUAAGUCAAAUGAAGUCCUAAAAAAUGGAAAAGUAAACAAAAGAGAAUGAGGCGAAACGGGAGACAUUUAAGAAUGUAUUAUCACAAAUAAAAGAAUUUAAAAUAACUUUGGAUUUGACAUUUGAUAAAAUGACAAGCUUUGUCCAAUAAUGAUU